AUGACCAAAGUGGCCGAGGACCGGCUUGCUUUGGUCCAAGAGGUCCAGGAUCUGAGAAGGGCGGCUCGGACGCACUUAGACGAGCUUUAUCAGGCCAAGGAGGCCAAGCGUCUGGCCGAGCUACGACUGGAUGAGGCCAACACCAAAAUCACCAAGGGUGAGGCGGCUUGGAAGCAGGAGAAGGAAGAUUGGAAAGUGGAGAGGGCCAACCUUUCCCUGGCCAAAGAAAACGCCGAGUCUGCCAAGGUUGCGGCCGAGUCCAAACAGGCUCGAGUCGGGAGCGACUUGGAGAGGGUCAAGUUCAAACUCUCCACUGCUGAGGCUCAACUGAAGGAGGCCCAGGCGGCAGUUUCCCGCUCCCAGGAGGAGUGGUUCAAAGCUUGGCAGGCUUCGGAUGAUUGCACCGAAUUCUGCGCCGAGGUGGGCCAGUCUUCCCACAAAAUGGGCGAGGAUGAGGCAUUCACCAAGCUCAGGGAGGCUCUGGCCGACUCCUGCCCUGAAGCUGACUGGAAUUCCGUCUGGUCGCGCUACCAGGAGUUGGCCGAUGCCGAGGCGGCCGUCAUCAAAGCGAAAAUGGCCGAGGAGAUGAGCUCGGAUGAUGAGGACGAUGAUGACGAAGAAGCUGCCAACACCGAGCCGCCUCCAGGGAAAGCUGUCGCGCAACCUGAUGCUGAGCAACCUGCUGCCGGCCCCUCCACUUAG